CUCUUUGUGUCUACUAUUCUGAGUACUCUUCUAUUUCUCGAAACUGUGAUAUAACACAACUGCGCAAUCGCGCGCGCCCUUUGUUAGAGAAAUCAGCCUUGUGAGUAUGGCGCGUACACCCCGAGUCCGCCCAACAUCUCCUUCGCCGCCGCCAGGUUCGCCCUCCGAUAAAGAGAAUCUAGAGAAUCCUUCCAGCAAGAAACGCGGAAUUCAGGGCCAAAAUAUGUCGUCUUCGAGGAAAAGCACGAAAAGGCAACGCCUAGGGGAUACAGCCUCGAAUAUUGAAACUGGAACCCAAAUAUCACAAGCACAGCGGAAAGCCAGCACGAAAUACUACGAUCCAGACCAGGAUGCAGCUGAAAGGAGGCGGGUGCGCAAGGGACUGAGGGAUCUCACACGAGAUUUGAAUGAUUCUAGGAAUGAGUAUCUACAGCCAGGAAAUACUGGUAUCAAGGACACCUUUCUCAAAGCGAAUGAGAUUUUCCGGGAUGUCAAGCAAACGUCGGAUGCGACAAUCGACUCCCGCCUUCUAGUCAAUGCGGCGGACUUGUCAUACAAGAAGGCUGCGACAUUAGCCUUGGGUGAGAGCGGCGUGGGAAUUGACGUUGACGAAUUCGUGUCGAAGUGCAUUUCAUUUAUGCGCGCUGGUCCAGAAGAUCCGAAUGUAUCCAUCACUAGCACACAACGGCGCCGUGCUCCACGUAGGACCCAGGCAGACAUGGACAGCGACGAUGAGGAUGGAGAUGCAAUGAAUUGGGACUGGCUUGGACGUGCUGCUUGUUUUCGUCACAGUUCUCGUCCUGCAGUUUCGGGGUUCUUGCUUGGACCGCUCUCAGUACAAAAGCGUACGCGCCAGAUAGCACAGCGACGAGCUAGAGAGCGCAUUGACCCAUCACAAGCAGUCCGGCCGCAAGAGCUCCGAGAGGAAGAUCUGGACAGACGAGAAACGACUAAUCUUACUGCUAUGUGCACUAGCAUAAACAAGCUGUUGGGCAAAACGCGUGACCAGGCCGAAAGGCUUGCUAACGAAGCCCUGGAGAAAAUAGGCGACCCCACAGAGGAUGAAGUGCAGUCUAUAAUGGCGAAAUAUAAUAUCGCCGAUGAUGCAGGCGUACCGCUAGCCAAUUUCUGUAUCAAUCCUAAAUCAUUCGGUCAAUCGGUGGAAAAUCUGUUCUAUCUCAGCUUCCUGGUUAGAGACGGCACAGUUGGGAUCUCAACCGAUAGCAGAGGCUUGCCAACAUUGCAUCCAACAAAGCCUCUUGCUCCCAGCGAAGCGCAAAGACGAGGUGUCCAGAAGCACCAGUCGGUGUUCAGUCUCGACUUCGAUACGUGGAAGGAUAUGAUCGAUGCGUAUAACAUCAAAGAAUGCAUAAUACCCCAUCGCGAGGAAGAGGAGAACGAUACAGCACAAGGAUGGUAUAGCUAA